GAGGUGUCACUGCAAAUACGUGUAUCAGCCCAUGACCCCGGUGGAGCAGCUCCCCAGCACAGAGAUCCCCGCGAGGCCGCGGGAGCCCCCCCACACCAUCCGGAUCUCAGUGUCGCUCACCGAGCACUUCCUGAAAUUCGCCUCCGUCUUCCAGCCUCCCCUACCCCCCGCCUCCCCUAGGUACUGCACGAUUUCAGACCUCUUCCUCGACAACUAUCAGGUGAAGUGCAUCAACGGGAAGAUGUGCUACGUGCAGAAGCAGCCGCCCCCGCACUCCCGCAGGACGAGCCCCGAGGGGGGCUCUGCGCACGACGCCUUCAUUCCUCAAGCGAGCAAUACGCCAAAAAGAGGCCACUGCUCCUCUCCCUCCAGUUCCGAGGACUCCGGGAUCAAUGCGAUUGGGGCCCACUACGUGGAGUCAUGUGACGAGGACACGGAGGGGGGAGCAGAACUGAGCUCGGAGGAAGAUUACAGUCCAGAGAGCAGCUGGGAGCCCGACGAGUGCACCCUCCUGUCGCCCUCGCAGUCUGACCUGGAAGUGAUUGAAACCAUAGAAACCACAGUGUGAGCCCGCCCCCCCAGCCUUGCACUUUUGUCUGACGAUCCUUUUCCAAUGCUGUUGAUCUUUUUCUACCCCUCUGCCAACCAUAGCAGUUCGGUGGUCUGGUGAGCAUCACCCUUAAAUUAGUCUUGUAACUGAGACCUUUUUACUACCAACGGUUUUCUUUUGUAUCUUGACUUACUUUCUAUGUAGCAUCUGGUGUCACGUAUUUUGACCCAGCCUUAAUUUCACUGGGAACUUUUGAAAGCAGCGAAGUGAUGAUCACAUAUCAUGGAUCAGAUGGGGGAGCUACCUAGGGCGAGGCGACCCUACUUCCCUGAUAGCCUGUCCUUGGCCGAAGGACUCGGCAUCAUCUAUGUAUGCGGGCGGGCAGCACCUCGGUCCUGCCGGCCCCCAGGACGCCGCUCACUGGGGAAACCUGCUGUGUGUGGGCAGUGCUGUUCCUUCCCUUCCUUCUCCUUCCGUCCUGUGCGGGUCGGGACCAGAGCUGCCCCACUCCUGGGAGCUUCGUGGGACAGCGUGGCUCCUGGUGAUGGCCGGUGUCUGCCUCAGCCACCACGCCCGAGCGGAGCUAGGCCGGUGGGAGCAGAGAGAGGACUCUCCGGGCAUGUCCACGCGCAGGGGCUGCGGGGAGACCCGGUGCCAAAGCUAGCGGCACCCACAGGCUCUGGGAACCCAGGAGACGGGGAGAUAGACUUGGCUGGCAUUUGAAUUGACCUCUUGGUGGGUCCCUCGUUUUCCCUGUUUUUAAUUGUUCUUCAAAUCUGAGAAAAACAUUUAGGAAGUUCUGUAGGUAUUGUAUUUAGGAGGCAGCCACAUAUGACAUCUUAAAAAAUAGUUUUAGUUAGCAUGGAAAUGCUAAAAGACAGAAGUCCUAUAGGAAUUAGGAAUGAAUCUAAUAGGUUUGAUUAAUUCUGCUUCAUUUGGUUGUAUGAAGCAUUAGAAUGGCUUUAGGUGAGAAAUGGAUUAGAAUUCAAUAUGAUGCAUGGAUUUUUUAUGCAAAUGCAAAAGCAGUUGAAAUAGUUCACUGCUAAGUCAGGAGCAAAUAUUUUGUGUAAUAUUCACUUCACUGAUAUUCAUGAUUCAUUGUAUAUGUUCUCUUUCACAUGCACAAAAUCAUGAAUAAUCUUUUAGUUAGCUCUUUUCAGAAAUUCACUCCUACUCUCCAUUUGUGCCAUGUCAAUUGGUUAUCUGCCAUUUCUCCAAAUCUUCUAUACACGAAGCAGAGUUAAGAAUCUUAAAUAUGGUGUGAUGAAAUGAGAACCACUGAAUUGGAGGGAAACACUCCCUAUAUCCUAGCUACGUGCAAGCCUGCUCCUUGGCAUAGCCUGCGCUCUGUCAGCAUUAUGACGUCUCCUCUGAGUUUGUGGCUGAGGAAAGAGGCUCGUGGCUUUCUUCCCUGAAGCCUUCAGGAUUAGGUUUAGGUCCCCAAAACAUCCACAGAGAUUUGAAAGCACAGUAUGGGUUUUCCUUUGAAAACAGUGUUAGUCAAAACUUUCUGUGCUUGAUGAGAAAGCAGCUUCAGGUUCCCAUUGACUGAAAUUUAAAGAUGCAACAAGUCAAACCAAGGAGGCGCUCCAGAACAGUGAGGCAGAGAGGGUAGAUGCAUGUGGGCAGGAAACUGACAGCUUGUCCUUGCCCCCCUGGUCCUGGUGGCCUGGGGAUGUCUGACGAGUGUUGGUGGAGGUUUUUGGUGCCUCCCUUGAGAAAGGAGCCAGAGGAAGGCAGGGAGGGAAGCCUGAUGCUGCCAGCCAUACAUCUGUCUUACGUGCUCCAGCGUGCUCACUGGGCAAGCCCUUUGAGUCCCCUGGGGACUGGGCAGGGCGCAGUGGGUGACUUCUCUACGCCAUUGCCACUGGUACUCUGUUAUGGGCCCACAGCCACACCGGUUAGACUAAUCAGAGCCAACAGGGAGGUCUCUGAGCUGUGGGACCCAUGCUCACGGCACCACGGCUAUGAAGCUUCGCGUGCAGCAGGGCUGGGCCCUUUCCCAGUAAUAUUGGUGACUUUUGUCUAAGUUCCUGUUUUUUAACCUCUUGAACUGCCACUCAGAUUAGCCACAGUUUUAAUGGAAUUUUUCGAUUUAAUAAUGGUUGAUAACCACUUUAAAUAUUUGCACAAUCUCUUUAUAAUUAACUCACUAAGCUUCACUUAAUAUUUUAUAGAAUUGGAGACAUUCCAUUGGGUUCUAAAUAUUAGAUACUCCUGGAUAUCAAAACAGCCUUUUCUAAAUAAGCACAAGAAUUCUUUUUGCCCUAACACCGUUAAUACUAAUAAUUCUCUGAAAUAUGAUUGAACUGGACUUGUUUAUGCUUGCUUUCUGAAAUCAACUAAGGAUAUAAAAAUAUGUACUUUAAACCUAAAUGCUAGGCCUAUUCUCUUCCAUAUUGUAUGAAAAAAUCUCUAUAAUCCUGAUAUUAUAUUGCUACUUUACAUAAGCAUAUUUAUAGACACCUUAGAAAUACUUAGAGUACAGUGUAUACUAUAGACAUUAAGCACAGUCAUGUUAAAUAGGCUUUGGAUUAAUAGCUGUCCAGUGAGACAUGAUCGCUUGGGCCUGGAUCGCCCACAAGGAGCACACAGCAGGCCUUGUGGAUGGUGACCUGCCCUCUCGGGCUCGCGUGGACCCCAGCACGGGUGCCUUUUAGGAAGCUGGCAGAAAGGCAUUAGAUAGAAACGGACUUCUUCCCAACAGGGAACUUAGCUUUCUUAUCUAACCAGAAUCUUAGAAUUUAAAUUUCAAAACUGCUUUUGUGAUUUUAACCAUUUGGUACCAUAAGGCUUUAGUAUCAAAUCUAGGUAUUUUUACAUUAUAAUUUUUAAGGUAUCAAAGAGGAAUUUGAGACAAUAUUUAAAAAUUGACUUGCAUUUCAAAGUAAUACAAGACAAAACAAGCCCAGAACAAAACCACAUAGUUGUUUCCUGAUAUAUUUUGGAUCUCAAUUAAGGUCUGUAUCUUGGGAAUGGUAGCUGCGUUUCUUAAUCUCUUCUUCCUGGUCUAUUUGAAACCUGACAGUUCUUUUCAGACUGAUCAUAACACUUUUUAUACAAAUUUAAGUCUAUUUGGAGACAAGGAUGCAACCCAAUACUUUACAAAGCUGUCAAAAUAAGGAAAAAAGGCACAAGUUGAAUGAAGUAGUACUUUUUCUUUUUUGUUCCGAAUGCCUUCAG